AUGCUCGACCCUGUCGGACCGCCGCCAAGAUGGCUGCGGGCCUUCGUCGAGCCGUACGCCCUCUGGCUGAACAGCCCGACUUUUCCGGACCAUGUUCAUGAGGUCCUCCUCGCUUUCGUCGUCUACCAGUCCAUCCAUUCCUUUAUCUCCCCGUGGCUCUCACCAAUCCUCUUUCCGAAGUCUUACCCAUAUCUGAGCGCCCGUACCAAGUUAAAUUGGGAUAUCCACGUCGUCUCACUCUUCCAGAGCGUCGUGAUCAAUGCUCUAGCAUUAUGGAUCCUGUUCGUCGACCAAGAGCGUAGCUCCAUGUCUGCCGGCGAGCGGGUCUUUGGAUAUACCGGUGCCUGUGGCUUCAUCCAGGCAUUGGCCGUGGGUUACUUCAUCUACGACAUCAUCGUGAGCACUGUUCAUUUGCGCAUGUUUGGAGUGGGUGUUUUGUUCCACGCCAUCAGCGCGCUAUGGGUCUUCAGCCUUGGCUUUAGACCCUUUGUCAAUUACUAUGCUCCCGUUUUCAUCCUUUACGAGCUCUCCACCCCCUUCCUCAAUAUCCAUUGGUUCCUUGACAAAGUCAACAUGACUGGCAGCCGAGCCCAGUGGUAUAACGGAAUGCUUCUUCUGAGUGUUUUCUUCUCCUGCCGACUGAUCUGGGGAACAUGGCAGUCUGCUGUGGUGUACGGGGACAUGUGGAAUGCUCUACAACAGACGUGGUCUGCAAAUACUGCCCACGCUCUUGAAGGCCCGGUCGACAUUAGCGCCAACGUCUUCACGGACGCCGGCGCUCUUUGCAUCGACGAGACCUGUGCUCGCGCCAAUGCCGAGAUCUCCAAGUUCAAGGAGUUUACUACUGGUGGUGUGCCGACAUGGUUGGUUGUGACUUACGUCGCCUCCAAUCUGAUUCUUAACUUCUUGAACUACGUCUGGUUUUACAAGAUGGUUGAGACCGUGCGCAAGCGAUUCCGUGACCCCGCGGAGGGAGCGCCUGCGAAGGCUGACGACAAAUCGCCCGAAAAGGCCGUGAAGCUGGAGGAUUUGGCGCAGGAGAUUGUUCUCGAGGCAGCCGCUGCACUUGAGCAGGAAGAAGGAGCUCCAUUGCCUCGAGAUCUGCCCCUGACACGAGAGCAGAUCUCCUUAGCCACAGACUCUGCUCUGGAGAAUCUGCGGCGCCGAAAGGAUUAA